UGUAUUCCGCUGCUAAUGAACAUCCAAUUUAGUCGAUUUGGAGCUGUUGGCUCAUUUUAAUCAAAAUGAGGAUACUGUGGUUGUUCGGUUUCUUUGUCAUCUUGAUGGAACGAACUAAUGCCACUGAGAAGAGGUCAUUUUCCGUGCAUGAAUGUAAGUCCAUCGAGAAUACGUCGAUGAUGAUGAAAUUGAAGAGACAUCUUUUUUGUGAUUAUGAUACCACCGUUCGACCAACUACCAAUCAUCAAGUGGUCACUAAUGUUACAGUGAAGCUUAUGCCAAAGUUAUUGGAAUUCGAUGAUUGGACCAGCACAAUGACCCUUCAUAGCUGGAUGAGCCUCAAUUGGAAGGAUGAACAUCUUAAUUGGAAUCCUAGCUAUUUUGAUGGAAUUUCUACUGUCCAUGUAAAUAGCGAUGAAAUAUGGGUACCAGAUUUAUCAGUUUAUAAUUCAGGUGAUAUGUCAUUAGAACAGAAUGGCGUUCCUUCAACCAAAUGUUUGAUCAUUAAUACGGGCUCGGUUAUCUGUAUACCGGCGUUGAGUUACGUGACCAGAUGUAUUACGGAUUUUACCUUUUGGCCUUACGAUAAGCAUGAAUGUCGUAUCAGAUUUGGUUCCUGGUCGCAUACUGGAGAAGAAAUCAAUUUUCACCUUGACAAGAAAGGAUAUGAGAUGGAGGGUUAUGCAAAUAACACGGAAUGGAGUUUGAAGAUUUUGAAUGCUGAAAAGAUCGUGAAAAAAUUCGAGUGUUGUCCUAAUGAUACCUUCCCUAUACUUAUUUAUACAUUUUCUGUCGAAAGACAACCGGGAUUGGUACAUGUUACUUUUGUUACGCCCGCUAUAGCGAUAGCACUGCUAACGUUGACGGUUCUAUGGUUGGAUUCAGGAUCGACAGAAAGAAUAGCGAUGGCCAGCAUGAAUUUCAUUUGUCACUUACUUUGCAUUUUUGAUUUGCACUGGCAAUUGCCCCAUAAUGGUGAGAAUGUACCACACAUAUUAUUGUUUUAUCGGGAUUCUCUCGCGUUGGCUGCAUUUGCUUUGAUAUUAACAGCAUUGCUAAGAAAAUUACAAAAUAUGAAUAUGGAGACACCGAGUUGGAUCUCGUCCACGAUCUCCUUCGUUUUGAAUAACAGAGCAGGACGUUUUUUGAUCCUUACUGAUGAUGAAUCAAAAGCUUCGACCACUAGUAUAUUGAACAAUGAAACGGAUGAAAAUUCAGAUUUAUCGAAAGUAAAUGGCAGGAAGAAGGAAUCAUCUUGGAGACAUUUCGCUGCGAUCAUCGAAUGGUUAUCUUUCAUAGCCGUUGCCUUGACCUACGUGAUCAUUUUUACAAUUCUUGUACCUUCCUUGUCAUUCGUGAUCUUCGAAAAAGUCAGCAUGAUUUUAUUCGUUCUAUCAUUAAUUGGAUAUGUUACUCUUUCCGAUACAUUCUUCAUUUUCAAUAAUUACGAGGUACCGGAAAAUUUAGGAUGUAAUGAAAUCGAAAGCAAGUCUACUGUUCUUCAGCUAAAAAGACAUCUUUUCUGCGAAUACAUUAAAAGUAUCAGACCGGUGUCAAAUCAUAGAACGACGACAAACAUCGAAUUCGGAAUAAUUCCGAAAUUUAUCAAUGUUGAAGACGACGAAAAUGUCAUGGAACUGCAUUGUUGGACAAUACUCAUGUGGGAGGAUGGCCAUCUCACUUGGGAACCAUCACAAUAUAACGAUGUCAACUUCCUUCACGUAAAAAGUAACGAAUUAUGGAUAUCGGAUAUCAUGAUGCAUAACUCUGGAUCCCAUGAAAACGAAAUACCAUUUACAAAUUGUUGGUUAUCCAACACAGGUAAAGUCAAAUGUGUAGCAACUACUAAAUAUAUAGUAAAAUGUCUUAGGGAUUAUACCUGGUGGCCUUACGACUUUCAAAAUUGUACGAUUCAAAUUGGUUCAUGGUCCUACUCCGAUGAGGAACUCCAGUUUGUUCUUAUAAAUACCGGGAUUAUUAUGAACGAAUUUCAAAAAAAUUUGGAAUGGGAAAUAGUACGAUCUUACGUUAUUACACACACGGAAUCUUACAAAUUUGGCUUUGACCUAACUUCUGCAAUGAUAUCUUUUCAUUUCAUUUUACGACGACAUUUUAACGCUAUACACGCUACUUAUUUGUCAUCAAUUAUCAUAUUAAUAAUAAUGACAUUGACGACUUUAUGGCUGAAUCCAAAAUCUACCGAACGAAUGAUACUUGCAAAUUUAAAUUUUCUAUGUCAUUUGUUGUUCUUAGAAGAAUUCUAUUGGCAAAUACAUGGAAGUGGUGGCGAUUCUACGAUGUUGAUGAAAUUCUUCAUGAAGUCACUCGCUCUAGCCUGUUUUACUCUUAUUAUAACUAGUAUUUUACGUCAUUUAUUAGAAUUAAGAACAGAGACUCCAACAUGGAUCGCAACAAAAAUCUCUACCAUUGUAAAAAGUAAAAUAGGACGGAUUCUUCUUGUAAGUAUUUUAGAUCCUAAAGCAUCUGCAGAAUUGGAAACUGAAGCUGAAGAUAAUGCUAAUCUUGUAAUUUCAAAGAAAAAUGAAGUAACUUGGAAACAUGUUGUGAUGCUUAUUAGUUGGAUCAAUUUUCUUUGCAUUCUUUUUAUUUACAUCAUUUUGAUUAGUAUAUACUUUCCAACUCAAUCUUCUGGAUAUUCUUAUAACUUCAAUACUUAAAAUCUUUCUUAAGAUAAUUAUUUUCUUAUAAAUGGUAUAUAUGAACUAUAAGCUUAACUUUGACUGUGAUUUAAUCUGUUAAUAAAGCUAUUAUAAAAAUAUUAAUAACGCUAUUAUAUUGUAU